AUUCUGGAUCUGGCAACCCUGACUAGCCGGCCGCCGAUCAGGGCUCAUGACAAUUUGGCAUAAGUUGUCCUUUUCUCUACAUGGCGAUUAUAUUUGAACAGUAUUUUCAGGUAUUUUCGGCACCUUCUACCUUUCAUCCAUUUUGAUUUCAAUUCAAUUUGAAUUGGUUUGAAUUGGUUUGGUCGGUGGUGGUGAAUAUUGAAAGCCAUAUUAAAUGCGCAGGGGGAUUAUACACGGUUGAUGUGCACUGAGGUGGAUUAAUUUUCGUACAAAAUUAAUAUAUACCUGCUACUAACAGAGCGUCAGCAACUAUUUCUUGAUCAGUGGGCCGGCCGCGGCGGGGACGCAGUGAGGUGGCGGAGGCCCGGUGACGCUGCCAGCUGAGCGGUACUGCCCCUCUCCUGAGGUGUCGGUGGUCUGAGAGGUCGGGCGGACCGACGUGACCCGCCGGCCGCCUGCCAUGCUGCUCUGGCGGCUGACGGUCCGCGGUGGCCCGCUGUGCCGGCGGGCGCGCCUGACCUGGCCGGCGCCCCACACAGCGGCCGUCACCGCCGGCGCGCACUGGCUGGCCGCCGGACCCAGCCGCGGCCGCAGACGUCUGCUUGCCAGCCCUCCCCUAGUCCGUGGCUGCUUUCACCCUGGGGCCUCGACGCUCUCGCAAGAGAGCCUCGGUCCUCUGCAGGGACCGGAUGUCUCCUCCUCACAAAUGGUCAAAACCAUGCUCGGAUACGUCUGGCCGAAGGACGACAAGGAGAGCCGGCGCCGAGUGGUGGCCGCCGUCGGUCUGCUGGCCGGCGCCAAACUGCUGAACGUCCAGGUGCCGUUCAUAUUCAAAUCGCUGGUGGACUACCUGAACACGCACACGGGAGAGAUGCUGACGCUGGCCGAGCCGGUCAGCACAGUGACCACCUACGCCACCGCGCUGGUGAUCGGAUACGGUCUGGCGCGCGCCGGAGCGGCCGCCGGUAACGAGCUGCGUAACGCCGUGUUUGCCACCGUGGCGCAGCGCUCCAUCAGGAAGGUGGCCAAGAACGUGUUCCUGCACCUGCACGAGCUCGACCUGAGCUUCCACCUGAGCCGGCAGACGGGAGCGCUCUCCAAGGCGAUCGACCGAGGCAGCCGGGGCAUCAACUUCGCCCUCUCGGCGCUGGUGUUUAACGUGGUGCCCACCAUUUUCGAAGUCAGUCUCGUCAGCGGCAUACUGUGGUACAGCUGCGGGCCGGCGUUUGCCGGUGUGACGCUGUCGUGUAUCGCUGCGUACACGGCUCUGACACUGGGAAUCACCCAGUGGCGCACCAAGUUCCGAGUUCAGAUGAACAAAGCCGACAACGAGGCCGGCAACAAGGCCGUCGACUCACUCAUCAACUACGAGACCGUUAAGUACUUCAACAACGAGAAGUACGAGGCGGACCAGUACGACGCCGUACUGGCCAAGUACGAGCACGCCUCGCUCAAGACAACCACGUCUCUGGCGCUGCUCAACUUUUCGCAGAACGCCAUCUUCAGCACAGCGCUGGCAGCCAUCAUGGUGCUGGCGAGUCGAGAGAUCGUCAACGGUAACAUGUCGGUGGGUGACCUGGUGAUGGUGAACGGCCUGCUCUUCCAACUCUCCAUCCCGCUGAAUUUCCUCGGCUCGGUGUACAGGGAGAUCCGCCAGGCUCUGAUCGACAUGAAGGCCAUGUUCACACUGCUCAACGUGCAGCCCAAAGUCCAGAACAAGCUGCAGGCCCCGGCUCUGUCUGUCACUCCGGAGACGGCGUCCAUAGCGUUCGACAACGUGUCCUUCCGCUACCUGAACGACCAGUCGAUUCUGCGGGACCUCAGCUUCACCGUGGAGCCGGGGCACAAAGUGGCGCUGGUCGGCGGAUCCGGAUCCGGGAAGUCGACCGUGAUCCGCCUUCUGUACCGGUUCUUCGAGCCCUGCUCGGGAUCGAUCUCCAUCAACGGUCAGAAUAUCCAGGACGUGGACCUCGAGUCACUGCGGAAAUCCAUCGCCGUUGUACCGCAGGACUCUGUGCUCUUUCACGACACCAUCUACCAUAAUCUGGCGUACGGAGACCUGAGCCGACCCAAGGAAGAUGUGUACGAGGCUGCCAAGAUGGCUGACCUGCACGACUCCAUCCUCAACUGGCCCAACGGAUACGACACGCAAGUAGGAGAGCGUGGUCUGAAGCUCUCCGGAGGCGAGAAGCAGCGGGUGGCCAUCGCACGCGCCAUCCUGAAGGACUCACCUAUCCUCAUCUUUGACGAGGCCACGUCGUCGCUGGAUUCCAUCACAGAAGGGAACAUAAUGGACGCGCUGCGGCGGGCCACCAAGGGACGCACCUCCAUCUGCAUCGCUCACCGUCUCUCCACCGUGCUCGACGCCGACCAGAUCCUGGUGCUGGGCGAGGGCCGGGUCGUCGAGCGCGGAACCCACUCCGAGCUGCUGCGCAACCCCGACGGUCUCUACACGCGCCUCUGGCAGUCGCAGUACUACAACGGCGAGGCAUGACAGCGCCACGGGCGGCUCUAGGAAAAUGUGGACUUUAGGCGGUGGAAUCGAGCUUCUCGGACGGAGCUGUGGCGGUGGACGGCAGAGUUGAGGUGAGGAGAAGCGGGGAGUGAUGUGUGCUUGCAGCGGUGGAGUCGGCUAUUGCUAGCAACGGGUGACGAGCUAGAAAUCAGGCGGCGAGAUAGCGUUAGUAUUAUGAUGAUUUGACAUCAGGUGGUUGUUACGAAGUCAGGCGAAUAUGUGAUAUGGCCAGCCAAGCUCUACUGAAGAGUUCAGGGCGGUAUAUGACUGUUACGUGGACAGGUUACUGAAUUAUUUGCGUCAGUCUGGCCAAUGGUGGCAGUGGUGCUCCCCUAUCCCUAUAUGCCGUUUUAUUGGAUGAUCUACUUUCUCUGUUAAUUCAACAACAGUCUGCCUUAUGUCGUGGUAUCGUCUAAGAUUGUUUUCUCACAGUCCAAAAAUUUUGGCAUACCCUACCCUUCAGAGUCGUAACGUUACUCAUAUAGAAACAAAUUGAAAAUUAUGUAUUUCAUGCCGAUUUUUUGAUGAGCUCUUGACUCUUUCAUUUUCUUGAGGUCAGGAAGGGAAUGUGUGUCGCCAGACUGAUAAAUUAUGUGAGAUAUGCCACAACGAACUAAUGUAAUGGGCCCCGCUGAACAUAUCUGCUGGACGAGACUGACAAGUGAUUCGGACGACAAUCAUUCCCAGCAUCAAAAUGGUCCGGCCUGCAGUCGUCCGGAGCACAGGGUUUAUAUACCUACCUAAAAAGCACAUCUGAGCUUUAUUGCUGAGAUGCAUACGAGCUCAAAAUCCGUACCACAGCUAAGCACUAAGCAGUCAUCGCUAAAAUCUAUAGCUGUCAUUCGCCAUCGUUUCAGCUAAAUUUUAUCCAUAGCUGCAGUCACAUAUUGAACGUUAUUGAAACGCGGUAUGAACUUGAAUGGUUGACUCAAGUAUUCUAUUGAGUGCAGGAUGUAGUUUCGCGGAGAAGGCAAUGAAAUCAACGACCUCUGAGCUAAUUGUCAUUAAUCCCCGGCUAAUGUCCGAUCUUGCGUUGUCUCUUCACUCGGUUGAUAUGCCUCUUGGUCUUCACAUAUCCUCGAAUGUGUGACUUUUGACCUUUGGUUAUCAAAACGAUUUCGGAACACCUCUCGAUUUUCUGUCUAAGAAGGGUGCAGCGACCUACCUGCCACCCAGAUAUGCGUGAAUGUUCGUGGAAUGUAGUCAUACAUUGAGAACAAAGGUUUCAAUGUGCGAAGGCGUGUGUAGUGCGGACACCCCUGGACACUGUGCAGUUCAGUGGCAGUGGAUUUCACUAAUUGUACAAAUAGAUGCGGGGUGUUGUUUGUCACAUUGAUGGAUAAUAUAUUACCCGACUUUUAAACGUU